AUGGCGCCCAACGACAUUUGCGCGAAGCUGAACGUCAACUUCGACAUACCAGUGCGCGCGGAGCGCAAGGCCAGGCAGAAGACCGCGGAAGUAGCUUUGAGACAGGCCCUGAGCAACCCGACGCUGACGCUCCAGUGGAAGGAGAAGUGGUCGACUUCCUUGGUAUACGCACUGGAGCACCAGUACUGGUUCAACUGGGCCGCUCCAGCGCCGCACCCCCAGCAGGCCGAGGCUGGCCUGCGCAUGACGUGCAUCGAGCUAGUCAAUGUCGGGAGAAGUGCCCGCGGCCAGAGCGACUCAUACAACGACCGACGCCACGACGGCACGGUCGACCAGGAGCACGUGCAAAUCAAGGACUUACGCGCAUGCCGGAGGAGGAUAUACAGGCAGAAGGGGGGCGACAACCUCAAGGAGAGCCACUACCAGAACGAGAAUUACGGCUUCAAGGAGAGCAACAGCCGAAAGGAGCGCGACAGCUUGGACGAGAGCCUCAGCUACGAGGGGGGCCUACACGCCAGGCUACCUGAGCACGCCGGCCUCCGACAAGGCGCGGCGCCAGGCCGCCUGAACACGAUGGGCCCCGAGCAG